GAUCAAUUCAGAUGUUGCCCAGUGUCACUCUGUCUUGUCCAAGGAGAACACAGCCAUGGCUCUGUAUCUCGCUGUCCUUCUGCUGUCUCUGAUUGGUGGAGCACACACGGAGGCCCCGCCCAACUGCUUGGCUGGUGUCCCUGGUAACCCCGGACACAAUGGGCACAAUGGCAGGGAUGGGAAAGAUGGGAGUGAGGGAGUCCCAGGACUCAAGGGGGACAGAGGAGAACCAGGGGUGCCAGUCCCAGGGCCUCCAGGCAAGAUGGGUCCUGCUGGGCCACCUGGUCUGAAAGGAGAGAUGGGGGGAAUGGGGAUGCCAUUAGGGUCUGUAAAAACUGAUCCUUUGACCAAGUCCUUGCAAGCAGAUGUCCAGACUUUGAGAUCCAGGUUGUCUCUUAUAGAGAAAGCUACAAGUUUCCGCAUCUUCAGGAAGGUAGGAAUGAAGUACUAUGUGACUGAGGGGUGGGAAGACACAUUUGAUGCUGGUCUGAAGCUCUGUACAGAUGCUGGAGGUGAUCUUGCUUUGCCAAAAAGUGAAGAGGAGAACCAAGGUCUUGUGAAGGUGUUAUCAGAGUUAAAGGCACUUGCUGGAUGGAUUAGGGCAACAGACAGGAAGACUGAAGGGACCUUUUUGGACGAGGAUGAGAGCACACUGAGUUUCACAAAAUGGCACCCGGGAGAGCCCAAUAAUUCUUGUGCUAUAAUCUGUGCUAUAAUCAAUAAAGACAGAGUCUCGUGGAAUGACGUUUCCUGUGAUAGAAAACAUCACAUAGUAUGUGAAGUAGACAAAUAAGACAAUAUUUCACCAAGACCAAGAUGAGACCAAGGCCUUUGACUUUGAUAUGAAGACUUGUCUUGAGAUAAAGACUGGUCUUGAGAAUCACAUCCCUGUCUGACAUAAACCAUAACAGUGGGUUCUGUUUGUCCUGACUGUAAUUAUUAGCAAAUCAUAUACUAAGAAGUGACUUAUGCUAAGCCAUCUACUCUAUGUUACAUUAAAAGUUGUUACAAAAUGCAUGAACUUUGGCGCAUUUGAUUAAAAAAAUAAACUCACCAGCAGUAUGGAGAUGUGGAGAUGGCUAACUGACCAGAGAUGAAGUUGGUUGUUGGUAUUGGUUACGUUGAAAAUAUGUACCCUACAGUUAUGCUUUUAAUAACAACGUAUUAGUAGUCCAAAAUACUAACGAUUUAUAAAUGAGCUAUUUCUGUUAGCAUUGCCAAGCGUUAUAUGUACUGAUGAAGACAAUAACCCAGCUGUAUAUGUGAUAUAACGUGUUAUUAAGGGGAUAGAUAAACAAUAUCUCUGCAUAUAGUUUAUCUAUCUAUCCUUUAUUCUAUCCUUUAUUUUUUAUCCUAUGUUAUGCAUUUUAUGUAUUCUGUUUUUUAUCUUAAAUCUUUUUGCACUCUAUCCCUGUUUUUAUGUUCAUUUCAUUUUAUUUGAUGCACUCUAGUUUUUAAGUUUAUGUUUUAUGUUUUUAUGUUUAUUUUAUGUCUAUUUUAUUUGAAUGUGCAUGUAAUUUCUUUGUGCACAUCAUUUCUUUAUUGUUAAGCAAUUUGAGCUACAUUGUUUUGUAUGAAAGAUGCUAUACAAAUAAAGUUUAUUAUUAUUAUUA